AAACAGGAGGUUAUUCAAAAGUCCAGUUUUUUUUGCUCUCUCUCUCUCUCUCGUGUUGUGAGCGAAGAUGAUGCCACAAAUCCGAUGAAACACCCGCACUGAUGAAUUCCCACAGCAUGCGGACACCCCUUGUCUCGUCGCUAGUUUCAAAUGGUAUCAUAUUUGCUUAAGUUGAUGGUUGUCUUGAAUUGAAGAUGACUAAUUUGAGGGUUGCUAAAGGAAUGCAAAGCUACAUGUAAGGCAUCCUCUGUUAGAGUUUCUUCACCUUUUGACCGUCAUACACAGAUGAAUAAUCCCGGUAUCAUCGGUCAAUGGCUUUCUGUCCUUAGCAUUACACUGGAGAAAUUGAGCAUACACCUCUGAAAAGUCCACUAUGUCGUCCACUUUCUGGAAGGUCUGGCAAAGAAAUGCAAUUAAGCAAGUGCUCAAAAUUUGAGGAGGAAUUGUUUGUUCGCGUUUACUUGCCUCACUUCCGCUCUUCUCCCCUCCUUCGGAUGCAAAUUGAAAUGCAUUUUCCGUCUGUCAAAUUGACAUGGUGAGAAUCAGGAGUUCAUGGUCUCCCUAACCUCUUUAUCCACUCAUCCAGUUAUUCAACUUCUAGAUAAAUGUAUUACCUUGAGGGCCUUCAAGCAAGUUCAUGCACAAGCCAUAACAACUGGUCUGGCAGUCCACACAUACCCUCUCAGCCGUAUCCUUCUCAUAUCGUCAGCUCUAUCCUUAAGUUAUGCGCUCUCCAUAUUUAAUCAAAUUCCGAAUCCAACAAUCUUCUUAUUUAACACACUCAUCUCUUCAAUAAUCAACCACAAGCAUCACACUCACAUAGCCUUCUCUCUCUACAACCAUAUUCUCAGUCACAAGACGCUUGUACCAAAUAGCUUUACUUAUCCAUCUCUGUUUAAGGCCUGUGGAUCUUCUGAGUGGGCAGAGCAUGGUCGAGCCUUACACACCCAUGUCUUGAAGUUCCUUGAGCCACCUUAUGAUCACUUUGUACAGUCUUCCUUGCUCGUUUUUUAUGCCAAACUAGGGCAGGUGGGUACCUCUAGACAUCUGUUUAAUGAGAUCAGCAAUCCAGAUUUAGCUUCCUGGAACUCUGUCUUAACUGCUUAUGCACGUAAUAAUGGUUCCACCUGUGCUGGAGUCCUAACUGAUGGGGAUGCUACCUUGUCCUUAGAAUGCUUCAAUUUGUUUAGAGAACUGCAAGGCUCCAAUAUAAGGCCUAACGAAGUUACCCUUGUGGCUGUCAUUAGUGCUUGUGCUAAUUUGGGUGCUCUAGCUCAAGGUGUCUGGGUGCAUGCAUAUCUUAGGAAGCACAGUCUUCAGUUGAAUCUCUUUGUAGCGACGGCCCUCGUAGAUAUGUACUCCAAGUGCGGAUGUUUGGAUUUAGCUUAUCAAUUGUUCAUUCUAUUGCCUCAAAGGGAUGUAUUCUGCCACAAUGCGAUGAUUGGCGGAUUUGGAACCCACGGUUUCGGGCAUCAGGCGCUUGACUUGUUCAACAAAAUUAAAGUUGAGGGCUUAAAUCCUGAUGAUGUGACUUUCGUAGUUACAAUAUCUGCUUGCUCACAUGUUGGAUUGGUAGAAGAAGGUCGGACAGUUUUCAAUUCUAUGAAAGAGAUUUUCAAGAUCGAGCCCAAACUUGAGCAUUAUAGUUGCUUAGUUGAUCUUCUUGGUCGAGUUGGGCAAAUGGUGGAGGCUGAAGAAAUAGUUAGGGACAUGCCCAUGAAGCCAAACGCUGUUGUUUGGAGAUCCUUACUCGGGGCAGCUAAAGUUCAUGGCAAUUUGGAGAUGGGAGAAGUUGCACUCAAGAAGUUAUUGCAGUUAGAACCCGAGAUUAGCGGGAACUAUGUCCUCUUGUCUAAUCUGUAUGCUAGGAUGAACAGAUGGGACGAUGUUAAUAAGGUAAGGAGACUCAUGAAAGAUCAUACUGUCGACAAAGUACCCGGUAGCAGCUUGGUGGAGAUUGACGGUGCCAUGCACGAGUUCCUUACUGGUGACCGAACGCACCCACGGAUAGAGGAGGUUCAUUCCAAGCUUGACGAUAUAAAUAGAGCAUUACGAGCUUAUGGUCAUAAGCCAAUUAUCGGAGACGUGCUAUUCGACAUAGAGGAGGAGGAGAAGGAAGACGCGUUGUCUUACCAUAGCGAGCGGCUCGCGAUCGCUUUUGCUCUGAUCACGUCCGAUCCUUGUGUUCCUAUCCGGGUCAUAAAGAACCUCCGGGUCUGUAGCGACUGCCACUCGAGUACCAAGCUUAUUUCGCUGAUAUAUGGCAGAGAAAUUAUAGUUAGAGACAGAACUCGCUUCCAUCACUUUAGGUACGGGACUUGCUCUUGCUCGGAUUAUUGGUAAAGCAAUUUGAUCGUGUGAUUAAUUGUUGUAUGCAGGAAAGCAAGAGACGAUUUUCUUCGCAAUUCCAUCGUAGUUUGAUGUGCAAA